GCAUAGUGAACAUCCUCUUUAAGCGGUAAAUAGUUUCUUAAUUUUUUUAAACAAUAAUUGUUUGUGUAAACAAAAUAAAAUAAUAUAAAUAAAUUAAAGUAAUUUAUUAUCAUCUGUUUGAAAAAACAAUAUUAACUAAUAAUAAAAAACUAGUGAAUGAAAGCUAAAUUUGUUUACUAAAAUUUAACCUAAAAAUUUCAAAUUGAUAAACAAAAAAAAUGGAAAACUAUACAUUGGAAUUGGAUCCAAGAAGUGGAAAAUUAUUAAGUUUAUAUUUAUUAACAGAUAUUAAAAAUACAAUUGAACUACGUAAAAAAAUAUUAUCUGGUGAAUUAAAAUGUUGUAUAUUAAAAGCAUCAAUGAUUGUUGAUCCAUUUCAAGUUGUUGUUGGUGUUAAUAAAGCAGUACUUAGACAAUUGAAUAAUAAGCUAAUAACAAGAUCAUUAUUUACUGAAAUAUUAUAUUGCAUAUCAUCAUCAACAAAUAUAUCACAAUCACUAGCUAAAUUUGGUAUUAAUGAUAAUGACAAAAAUAUCAUUGUCGCAAUUGUUCACAGCAAAGAUGAGAAUAAUGAAUUUGAAGAUAAUAUCAGACCACAAAUUGAUGGACAAUUAACACCAAUAAGUCAAUUAAAAAAUUAUUCAGAUAUUGAAUUAAUUAAAAAAACUUAUAAAAUUGAUAAAGAAGAGCUCAAGGUGUCAAGUCUUGCUGAUUCAAUUGUCAGCAGAAUUGGAGCUGAUUAUCAAAUUUCACUUAAAUAAAAAAAAACACAUUAAAAUGUAAAUAAAGGUUUGAUAAAUAAAAAAAAAGUAAAUAUAUUUUUAUGCAAUUUUAUUAAUCACCAAUAAACCAUCAAUAUUCACGACAAAAAAAAUCGCACACCUAGCCAGAAUAUUAGCUUCGACAAAUUCGAUUACAACCAUGGUGAAAAAUAUCUUUAAAUUAAACUCGCUUUUUAUUUUUUUUAUCUUAAAUUUAUUUGUCUUUAGUGCAAAAAAAAAUAAUAAUUAACGAACGUUUAUUUCAACUAAAAUUAGCGAGUUUUCAUACGCACCAUUUAUUAUUAAUUAUUAUUUUUUUU